UGACUAACUUCAAUUCUGUUUCAUUAUUUGCGAUGUUUAUUAAAAGGGUUAUUGUACAAUUUGCGAUUACGAUCAUUGUUUGAGGUCGUUUUUAAAGCCUGAAAACUUGUUUUGAACCAGCUUUAAACGAUCUCGAAGCAUAUUUUAGGCGUCUACCGCAACGUCACUCUCGAAAACUCAGGUUGUAGUCAUAAAUUUACAUCUGUUUUCAUUAAAAAGUUAUGUGAUUUAAUAAUUAGGAUAAAAUGUUAAAAAGUCAGAGCCCCAUAUUCGUGUUAUUCAUUGUUUAUUUAUCGAGCAGAGUGGUGUUUGGAGACAUAAUCGUUUAUGAUAUCGCCGAACAUGUUGCUUAUAACGUUCUUAAAGAUAUGCCAUCAACAUUUGGAGAAUCAAUACCUUUCGAUGGUCUGGAAGCGAUGUUAACGAUAGCAAAUCCGGUGGAUGCUUGUGAAGCAAUUGAGCCACCCCCAACAAUACACAAUUUUCGUGGAAAAUGGGUCGCUUUAAUAGCUCGCCACAAUUGUACAUACGAACGAAAAGUACGAAUGGCCCAAAACGCGAAAUUUCAUGGCGUAAUUGUACAUAACAUAGAUUCGGAUAAUUUGAUAGCAAUGACGGCCACCAAUACAACGGGUAUUUAUAUUCCCUCGGUUUUUAUUGGGGCUUACGACGCUAAUUAUUUAAAAGAAUUAAGUAGUAGACGCGAAUUUUAUAUUAUUAUUACACCAGAUGCUCCUUUUAAUAUCAAUACACAUUUGUUGUUGCCAUUUGCGAUUGUUGUUGGAAUACUUUUUAUUGUAAUGGUUAUAUUUAUGGUGGUAAAAUGUAUAAAAGAUCGUCGAAGAGCACGUCGACAUAGAUUACCAGCUUCCGCUUUAAAUAAAAUGGUAUUACACAAAUUCAUUAAAGGUGAUCCAUAUGAGACUUGUGCGAUUUGUUUGGAUGAUUUUAUUGAAGGGGAAAAGCUUCGAGUUCUACCCUGCGCUCAUGCCUAUCAUUCAAAAUGCAUUGAUCCAUGGCUAACAAAUAAUCGUAGAGUGUGUCCCAUUUGUAAACGAAAAGUGUUCGCACAAAACGAAGAACCAUGUUCUUCAGAUAGUGACACUGAUGAUGAUACAACUCCGUUAAUAAAUGCGUCAACGAAUCAAAAUCAAUCGACGACUGGUGGUGGAACGUUUACGGUUACAAAUGAAAUGGAACGAGCCCGAUUAUUAUUACGAGCACGAAUUUUGCAACAGAUGGCUGAAGAGCAAAACUUUUUUAUGUUUCCUAAUUCAACGAUUAUAAAUGGUGACAGUAGUUCAGAUUCUUCUGAUGCAGUUUCACACGCGUCUAGAACCGAUGACGUUUACGUUGAUACAAGGUCCCAAAAUACCUCAAAUGGUAAUAAUUCAGAUCAUGAUGUAGUUAUUUAAGUGAGUUUUAAUAAGUAAAAGAAUAGGGAAAAGUCUCGUUAUAUUUUUCUUUUUGUUAAUUUUUUUUAUGGUGCUAAAAAAAUACCAAAUAAAGGUUUUAUUAAAAAAAUAACUUUAAGCAAGAAUUAAAAAAAAAUAAUAAUAAAGAAAUCUCGUUUUUGUGUUUCUUUUCGUUAGGUUUUAGCAGUUAAAAAAAGUAUAUGGAGAAAAUCGAAGAUUUUUCUUUCUAUUCUAAUCCGAUUUGAUGAUUUUAUUUUGUAAUUAUAGUGAUAGUUAAGGUAAAAAGGAAACGAUUAUUGUUGAUGACGUUUUUAUUUGUGAUUUAACUUUUAAGAUAGCGCGCUUUAGGAACUAUAUUGAUUAAUUAAUCGAACAAAAAAUGUGUAGUAUUUUUACAGUUGACUAUAUAAAUGUAAAUAAGUAAAUAAAAAUGGUUUAUGCCAAUUCAUAAUUUAA